AGCCCCUAGGACCGUCGCUUCCGGCCGCGGCGGCCCUAGCGCCGCGCUACUGGAUAGAUCGUCGGGUUUGGAGCGGAAUGCGGUGCUGAGGGGCGAGGGACAACCCCCCACCCCCCCGCCGCCGCUAGGGCGCCAUGAACCUUCUGCCAUGUAACCCCCACGGCAACGGGCUGCUGUAUGCCGGCUUCAACCAGGACCAUGGAUGUUUUGCAUGUGGAAUGGAAAAUGGAUUCCGAGUCUAUAACACUGAUCCACUCAAAGAAAAAGAGAAACAAGAAUUUUUAGAAGGAGGAGUUGGCCACGUGGAAAUGUUAUUUCGCUGUAACUAUUUAGCUUUAGUUGGUGGUGGAAAAAAGCCGAAAUAUCCUCCCAACAAAGUGAUGAUCUGGGAUGACCUGAAGAAGAAGACCGUCAUCGAGAUAGAGUUCUCCACGGAGGUCAAAGCUGUCAAGUUGCGGAGAGAUAGAAUUGUUGUGGUUCUGGACUCCAUGAUUAAGGUGUUUACAUUCACACACAAUCCCCAUCAGCUGCACGUCUUUGAAACCUGCUAUAACCCUAAAGGUCUCUGUGUCCUGUGUCCCAACAGUAACAACUCCCUUCUCGCCUUCCCCGGCACUCACACCGGCCAUGUACAGCUUGUGGACCUGGCCAGCACUGAGAAGCCACCAGUGGACAUUCCUGCACAUGAGGGCGUCCUGAGCUGCAUUGCUCUCAACCUGCAGGGAACACGAAUUGCAACUGCAUCUGAAAAAGGGACCCUUAUAAGAAUAUUUGAUACUUCAUCAGGGCAUUUAAUCCAGGAGCUACGAAGAGGAUCUCAAGCAGCUAAUAUCUAUUGCAUCAACUUCAAUCAGGACGCUUCUCUCAUCUGUGUGUCCAGUGAUCACGGCACUGUGCACAUUUUUGCAGCUGAAGAUCCAAAAAGGAAUAAACAGUCUAGUUUGGCAUCAGCCAGUUUCCUUCCAAAAUACUUCAGCUCCAAGUGGAGCUUCUCCAAGUUUCAGGUUCCAUCAGGCUCCCCAUGCAUCUGUGCCUUUGGAACAGAGCCCAAUGCAGUCAUUGUUUGUCCUGGAACUUGCUGUGUAGAUGAGGCCAGCAUCCAACUCAGAACCGUGUGCCUCAGCCUCUGUAAUGUUGGGAUUAGCAGGAUUAAAGGUGUGUAUGCCACAGAGGGCUCCAGAGUGCUCAGCUUUGAUGCUCAUUCACUUGUUUCUAAACCUCAACACUAUGACCAGGCUGGGCACAUUUUUUUUUCAAAUUUAUUGAAAUAGUCUUGUUAUGUUUCCAGCCUCAACCAAUAUUCCCCCCGCCCCCUUACCUCUCCUGGGAACACAAGCUCUGCCCUCAACACUGCCCAUUUCAAGACUUUGAAGAACAAGACCUUCACAUGUAGAAAGGUUGGAUUGUCUGAACAUGGAUGAUAGUCAUCUGUGCAUUUUUCUUUUGUGUUCCUGGUCUUUUGCAUGUCAGGCAAGUGGCAGCACAUGAGCCAAGCCCUAACUGCUUUUCUCUUAGAAGUGUGUGCUGCCAUCUGGGCCAGUUUUAUAAGACUUUGCACUAAAUCUCUUUGUUACAUUCUGCUUUGUGUUAAAUACAUUUGGGUGUCUUUUCCUAACUGUACAGCUUUUCGUUUUUUAUGGCUCUGGUUUAUUGUUUGUCUCUUGUAGCCCAGAGGGUGACCUUGUAGAGCAGAGGAUGACCUUGAAUUCCAGACUCUCCUGCAGCUUGCACUGGAAUUACAGGCAGACACCACCACACCCACUUUCCUUCCACCCUUGUCCCCAGAUUUAUUGUUCUCCAGAUCAAAUUGGCUUUGAACUUUGAGAGCAGUCCUGCCUCAGUUUUCAGAUUACUGAGUACACAGAAAUGCACUACCCCUGGCCUUACUUCCUAACUCUUAAGUUCUCGUUUGGAGCUAGAGAUGUAGCUCAGUUGGUUGAGUGAGUGGUUGGCACACAGCACACAAGUCACUGAGUAUCUGGUCCCACUGCUGCAUAAAUGGUUUGGUGGUACCCCGGAUUACAGGCAUAUUACACACCUGUGGUCUUGGGGAAGUAAAAGAAUCAGAAGUUCAAGGCAGCGUAGGCUACAAGACUCUGUCUCAAAAAAGUAAAAAAAUAUUAAUAGCGGGGUAGUGGUGGCGCAGGUCUUUAUCCCAGAUCUCUUGAGUACGAGGCCAGCCUGGUCUACAAAGCAAGUUCCGGGACAGGCUCCAAAAGCUACACAGAAAAUACCGUCUUAGAAAUAAAUAAAUAAAAUAAAAACUUGCCCUUUUUCACCCCAUUCCUUAACAUACUACAGAAACAACUGCUGACCUUAACGCAUUCUCAAAUUAUUUUCAUCUGUAGCAAUUAUUUUUUUUAAAUUUGGUUUUUCGAGACAGGGUUUCUGUGUGUAGCCCUGGCUGUCCUGGAACUUGCUCUGUAGACCAGGCUGGCCUCAAACUCAGAGAUCCAUCUGCCUCUGCCUCCCAAGUGCUGGAAUGGUACUUUCUAUUGGUCACUGUCUCAAUGAUGUCACUAGUGUGGUUCAGUCAUUGUCUUACCCAUCCUGUCCAAGCACAGGUUGCGCCUUUUUUUUCUUGUUAAUUCAAAGUUUUGCUGUGGCCUGGGUCCCAUCAAAACUCACUGAACAAUCCAGGCUAGCCUUGAACUUGGAAUCCUGCCGGUUACCUAUGUCCUAGGAUUACAGGGCUAUCUGACUUGUGACAUAUAUUUUUUAACUUCAGGUGGAUUUAUCAGUUCCAAAGUUAGUUUCUAGUUCUUGAUUAAAAAGUUCAAUUUGCUCAUUCAUUUGAGUAUGUUUCUUUAUAUCUUGUCCUAAUUCAUAUUACUAGAAAUAAAGCCGUUACCUGCUGGUUUCCAUGUCUAAAGCUUAGAGUAAAUCCAGCUGGUUCUCCUUUGCUCUGAGGGAGGCACACAUUUGCUGUCUUACUGGCAUCCAUGUUAGAUCUUAGACACUGCAGAUGGCCCAUUGUGAAUAUUACGGAUUCUGUUAAAGUCACUGAGCUCACGCUGUGGUGGGAUCUGGUAGCAUAGAAGGAAACUGAGUUACACUUAGGCUGUGAAACUAACUUUGCUAGUACGAGUUUUACCACGUCAAAUCUCUGCUUCCUUCAUAACUUUAUCAACAUAAAUGUUCUAAUUAAGCAGUAGCAAUUAAGUUUUGUUUUGAAUGAUUUUAAUACAGGCAAAUUAAAAGGAUCACAUUUUUAAAAUGCAAGUUACUUGCUUAAAUAUCUCUAAUUUUUUUAACUUUUUCUUGAUUCCUGGAGGUUUAAAAUUCUCACCUUGUUAUCAGUUAGUUAAAUGAAAACACAAGGACUUCCUUAGUACUUGAAGUAGUAGCUCCACUGGUUACCUAGUUCUUUCUGUACUUUCUAAGAGCAUUUUGUUCAGCUUGUUUAGUUUCUGAUCAAUAGUGUUCCUUAGCCCUUUAAAUUACCUAGUUGUGCUUAGUGUCCGUCUACGAACCUAAGAUGACCAUAGUCUCUCUGACUCACAAUGACUAUAGUCCCCAUCCAUGACUUAAAGAUUAUCUUAACUGUGGUUUUAUGUGUAUCUAAACUCAGUAGUCUCUACUCAUGGACAUUAGCACAUCCAGUUCCUUUUCUUUUGGUUUUUUGAGACAGGGUUUCUAUGGUUAACCACCCUGGCUGUCCUGAAACUUGCUCUGUAGACCAGGCUGGCCUUGAACUCACAGAGAUCUGCCUACCUCUGCCUCCUGAGUGCUGGGACUAAAGGUGUGAACCACCACCUGGCUUGUUUAUUUUUUUGAAAGCCAAGUCCAUCUUUUGCUGGGAACUCAGGGGAAUAUAUGUCCCUGAAGCUUAUUUUCAUUUCCAAAUGCUCUAUCUACUGAAACAUUUAUGAUGCCCAAGCUCUAUAAUCUUUGAUUUAUUUCAAGAGCAUUUGCUUUAUUUUAGGAAGCAUGGCUAAUUCUUCUCUAAUGGUAAUCUGUUUUUAUUUACACUUAGGUCACAUUGGAGUUGAGUCCUCUUUAGGUUGAGCUUUCUUUGGCCACUUGCUUACUCUUUGGAAUAUGGUGUUUUACCUUAGCAACCACUGCUGGGCUGACUUCAUAUCCACAAUUAAGCAUUCUCCCAGCCUGCUCUGGGCUGCUCAGGUCCACCCUGCAUGUACUGCUUGGACAAUUCACAGACCCUUCUGGUCAGCCUCGCCAUGAUGGCUGCAGAUAGACGUGAGGUGCAGUAGUGUGGGGAAUUUCUAAUUCCCUCUGCAUGCUGGUAUCCCAGGCACCCUGUUUCUGCUGUGUGUUAAAAGGUUCAGGUUUUGGCCUUCCCCUCUCCCCCUUGAGCAGAUCUCCUGUAGCCCAGACUGGCUUCAGACACUGCUGUGUACUCAAGGGUGACCUUGAGUUUCUCAUUCCCCUGCCUCUAUCUUCUGAGGGAUAGGAUUACAGGAUUAUCACAUCUAUGUAUGAAGUUCUAGGGACCAAAUCCAGACUUGUACAUGCAAGGCAAAUAUUUUACUAAUCGACCCUCCCAAUUCCUUGCCAAGGUCCUUCUAAAUAUUCAGUGCUCCCAAUGCCACCUCCUGCUUGCCAGAGCACUAUGGGUGUCUACUGUUGUCUACAUGGGAGCACUUUCUCAGGAUGCUCCCCACAUUUGGGCUGCCACUGCGUCACGUGUUCUCCUGGCUUUGACCAUAAAUCUGCAACAUAUACUUUCCAUAUAUUCCGCCCUGGGACAGCAGCUGGGAGGCCGCUGUCAUCACCUGGGAACCUCAACACCUGUAUACCUUUUUGGCAAACAUUUUGUUUUGCUAUCUCUUGCUUUCGGUGACCUUGAUUCUUAGGUCAGAGGGCAAGCAUUGGGGUUGGGGUGCACAUGGACAACUUAAACUCUAAAAUAAUUGAACUCCAACCCUGGAUGGCACGCAGCUGCCUGUACAGCUGUAGCUACUGCGCCUGUGCUGCUACCCACCUGUGUUCCUGGGAAAGUCUCCCAGCACAGACGUAGCUGCUUAUCAAAAGACAAUGAUACUCUGUAUUCAGUUAAAAUUAAUAAAAAUAUUUUAUUGAAUUUCAGGAACUUGGUACUUUUUUUUAAAAAUUCCAAAUCUUUGCACACAGAUCACCACUCUGCUUACUCUAGAACAGCAGAUGCGCGGACUUCACGAUUGUCACUUCUCUCCUUGUGUCACACAGCGUAGAAAACCCAAGUCCUGAUACUCCCCAGCCCCUUCUGAACUACUUCAGCUACUCUGUGACCAGCCACCCCCCACAGAGGACACGGAGGUGAGGUGGGGUAUUUAUGGAGACCAGCUGCUGUCUGUUAACACAUUCUGCAGUGUGGAGAAUAUCUAUACAAAGUAUGCCACACACAUUCUGGAAUGCACUGUACCCAGGACACAGGAAAGUUUCUCUUUGUGUUCUGUGUGGUUCAAGCCAAAGCUACUCAAGUUAUCUAGUCCCUGAGGGAGCUCAGAAGUUUGGUAAAGGUCGAAGAGAGACUCCUUAAGCAUUCAACACUGAGGUGCCACAGUGGCCCUGGGAACUGCUGCAAGCUACUUGUGGUGUCGGGGUCAUGGUCCUCGCCCCACAUCAGACAGCACACGAGCCCAGCCAUGGUGUGUGGAGCGGCUUCUGGGGACUCAGAGGAACAUAGACUAAAGCAGAGCCUGCAACACCGGCAAAGAAACCUGGGUUCAGUACUGUUAGCCUACGGCUUAGCUUCUGCCCGCUCCUUUCAGCUUUACAUUCCUAUGUACCAAAGCAGCAGCAAGGAGAAGAGGUGAGUGUGUGCCUGUGGCUGCACAGGACACUUCACUCACUUGAGAUUGAAAAUGUGG